CCAUACACACCAAACCAUUGCCAAAGCUUCUUUAUCCAAGUUUUCUCUCUUGAGGAGAAGAAGCCAAAGCCAAUAGAGAAAAGCUACACUCAUACUCUUCUCCCAGCACUAGUUAAGAAUCCAAGGUUUUCUUCGUCAAAUGAGGAUUUCUUUAGUAUUCUUCCUGCUUCUUUGGUCUCAUAUCCUUCACGGGGCUCAAGGAAUUCGAUUGGACAAGGGAUUUCUUCCAAUCAGGAACAAACAAAUCCAGGAGGAAAAGAAGAGCACUUCAAUCAAAUCAAGUACCGUUAAUGUUGGCGCUCUUGCAGAGGAUCUUGUUCUUUGCAAAGGAGGACAUUGUACAGGAAAGAGUAGUAAACUUAGUACCACUACUACUGUCAGCACUACCAACACCUUCUCCAAGGAUGGUGGAAAUGAAGCAAACUCUCUCAAAUCCAUAGUGAAAGGAAAAUCUGGAAAUCAUGAAGAAGUUGAUGAGAAUUUGAAGGCUAAAUCUCCUGAUCAUCAACGACACUAUGUGGACAUUGCAGACAUUAAUGAAAUGGAUUACUCUCCUGUUACAAGAAAACCUCCAAUACACAACUAGAAAUUAAGUGAAGAAGUAAUAGUAGUAGAAACUAGAAGACAAAGAAAGACGAGAGAAGAAGAGCCUUAGUAGUAGGAUAUAUUAUUAUAUAAUAAAGGAAAAAAAACCAAUAGGAUUAAUUAGACAGCAUUACAGAAAUGCUGCAGUUUUUUUAGGGUUUAGAGAGAUUAUUUGAUUUGUACAUGUCUCUUAUAAUUAUAUAUCUUAUAAAGUUACUAUGUUAACUACA